AUGGCCGCGCAGCUCAUGCCUCCACUGUUGGCGAUUAUUGCUUCUGUUGAUCUACUACUACUUGUUGCCGCUGGCCACGAUGGUCGCGCAGCUCAUGCCUCCAAUGUAGGCGAUGUUGAGAUGCUGGUCAUCAUGGCCGCGCAGCCCGUGUAUGCCAAGAUGGAGAUGCUCGUCGCCGCUGUCCGUGUUGGCCGUGGAGCUCGUGUUGUCCACAAUGGAGAUCACGUGGCGCCGUCUAGUGACGCGGUGGACCGGUGCGACGAUGUAGUGACGCAGUUAUACUACGACCUGGUACGGCAGGUCAUCGUGGCCGAGCCGCUCCGAGAUGGAGAUGGAAUUAUAUCAAUCCUGAUCAUGGCUGUGCUACUCUUUACAAAUUUUGUCAUUAUUUCUAAGUGCAACACGCUUGGCACCACCUGCAUCAGCGCGCUCCACUCGGGCAGUUUGGCCGUCACCGUCAGCCGUAAUAGAAGCGUGGGCUCCCUGGUCAACACGUGGUGCCACAAGAUCGGUGUCGAUGCAUUUGCGCACCAACCAUCACUAAAGGGCGCCACGCUAUCGCAGGCAACACAAGCCGUGUGGGCAACGCGGCCAGCAGCCAGCGGCUGCGGUGUUGAUGCAUUUGUGCACCAUUGGUUCAGCACCAACCAUCGCUAA